AAUUGUCACCAUGACGACUUUGACACAUUUAUAUAAUGAUUAUAUCAAGAAUAUGAAUCCAUGGCCCUGAAUAUUCAUAAUCAUAACGUUGUUCUCUUGCGACCUACAACUUGUGCAGAUUGCUAGACCAAAUUGAAUCCAUAUCGUUUAACCUAGAUCUUCGACAGAAACAAGUCAAAGUCAAGAUGUCUUCAGGUACCCAAGACGCGAAGCAGAAAUUCAUGAGCAGUGUCGAACAGACUAGGGCCCCUGUUGAUGAUAAAACGAAGCAGGCUGGCCAACCGGCUUCAGGAGGCGACAACCCCAAAGCUGGAGGAUCCUCUUUAAGGUCAAUCGCAAAGGGCGAUACGAAUUCGUCUAACUACGACCCAGCUAAAGGUCCAUCCACCUGAGCUCGUUAGAAAUCGAGCUUAUCUUGUCUUACCUAAUGCUGCUUAGAUAUUAUGUAAUCUCAGGGGCUUUACGAUGACAUAAGCAUAUAUAUCUUACAUAAUCGCAAGCUGUAUAUGAUGGGA